CCCGGCAGGCUCUCCCAAACAGGUUCAGAAUCGUGCAGCAGCGUGGGUUCUUCGUCCAGUUCGCUGUCUCGUCCCCAGCUUUCUGUCGCCGUCUCAGGCCAGUCUUGGUCCAACAUCCCCAGCGCUCCUUUGAUCCAUCCGUCCUCCACAGACACUCGGGGCUCCUCCGGACACCCUGACAUGAUCAAGAGUGUCCCUCCGCAGCCACCGUCCGCUACAGACGCAACCAGCUAUUACGUGUUGCCGCUGGAAGCCUCAGGGAUCCCACCUGGCAGCGUGCUGGUCAACCCUCUCACAGGCAAGCCUUUCAUCCACCCCGAUGGCAGCGCUGUGGUUUAUAACCCGGCCUCAAACGCUGCAGGCAGGAAUCCUCAGCAGGGGAAAUCUCCACAGCAGCCAAUCCCUGCCCCUCCUCAACAGCAGCAGCAGCCGACCAAUCACAUCCACUCCCAGCCGAUCUGUCCUCCUCUCCUGCUGUCCUCUGAGCCUGUUCACAACCCGACGGUCUCCUAUCCUCUUCCUCCUCUUCCUCCUUCUCAGUUCCUGCCCGUCUGUGCUAACCAACAGUACACUGUGCCUGACGCCCUAAACGCCCAGUUUGGUCACAUGACUCUGGCUCAGCAUCCGCCCGGUGACAACGUUGCUUCGGCUCCAGACACCCGCCAUUACCCAGCUGUAUACCAACAUAUAAACCACCACCAACACCACCACCCCUCCUCCAUGGUGCUGCAGGGAGCUCCUCCUCCUCCUCUUCCUCCUCAUCAUCCUCAUCCUCCUCAGCAUCAGCAGCAGGUUGCUAGCUACAUGUUAGCAGGGCCAUCAGGAGGGAUUCUGCAGGGUCCACCCGUCCCGAUACCAACACCCGGCCCAAAUCACGCAUAUCCCAGCUCCACCCCGGCGUUGAACCAGCAACUCCUGCAGCAGCACACUUACAUCCAGCAGCCUGUGCAGCAGAUGCAGUGUUAUUGCUCCUCAGCGCACCACCCUCACUGCUCCCCCCAGCAGCAGCAGCAGCAGCAGCAGCAUCACUACAGACCUGCUAUCACCCCGCUGCCCUACAACUGCCCUCAGAGCCAGAACCUGCCCCAGCAGCAAGUGCACCAAGCCAUGAUGCCAAACCCAGCGUCCAGCUACCAGACCAUAAUGGGCAUGCAGCCAACCUCCAGCCUCGCGCUCACUGGCAACCAGCAAAGCAAUAUGGGCAACCAGAUGCAAGGCAUGAUGGUCCAGUACCCUCCAAUGCAGUCUUAUCAGCAGGUUUCCAUGCCGCAGCAGUCGUACCAGCAGCCGGUUUUUGUUUCCUGUCAGCCGGGGCAGGGGGGGGUGGCGGUCGCCGGCAUGCAGCCCUGCUACAGCCUGCUGCCCCCCAACCAGCACACCACCAUGAGCUCCACAGUGAGCUUCCUGCCGGCACAGAUGAUGGAGCAGCUUCAGUUUCCUCAGACCUCGUCGCCCUGCGUUUCCCAGCAGCACCCGGGCCAACAGUACGCAGGGUUGUUACCCGCGGCCCCCGGUGGUGGCAUGGUGAUGCUGCAGAUGACGGCGCCCUCCUGCCAGCAGCAAAGAGCCCCCUCCCCCUGUCAGAGGAAACCAACCAGCCACAAACACCCGGAGCACCAGCGCAGCCGCAGACCUGCAGAACUCCUGCCGCCUCCAGAAAACACCCAGAGCAGCCGGCCCUUAUCGCGGGCCCUCACGCCCUCGCCAGGCCACCCGCCCAGCGUCAAGGGCCUCCCAUCAGGCAUUUCCUCCAUCCCUGUCAUGGCCCACCACCCGCACCACCCCCCGCCGCUCCCUACAGCCUUCUGCCACAGUGGACAAGGUGAAGCACACUACUCUCUACUGGGCCAACCUCUGCAGUACAAACCCUCCAUCAGACCUCCGCUGAUCCACACCGCCCACAUGGUGGCCAAACACCAGGGUCCACUGGGGGUUUGGCGAAGCGCUCAUGGGAGGAAGGCCAGCAGAAAACCUCUGUCUUCAGAUCUCAGUGUAGGUGAAGCAGUGAGCAGUCAGAUCCUGGAAGUGACACAUCCUCCGGAGGGGAUCAGCUGUACAGAAUCACACCACCUCCUGGCAAACUUCUGCAAAGGGGGCCAAUUGAUCCAGCGAAACACCACCAGGGACGCUCACCUGGCCUCAUCAUACUCCAUCUUUGCCAUGCUACCCUCCAGAUACUCCGCCCCGAGCAGCACGCUCCACCACAGGACUAGCACCGGACACAAAGUGGAGCGCUGUGACUCUAACUCGGCGAACUCAUAGCUGCUAAAACUCCCGGUGCGUCAAAGGAGCGUGAAACGAACGCACGUCGAAAACCACCUGCCUCUGCUGCCUCAGUCUGGAGUUCACAGACUCUGUCCAAAUCAAAAGCUAAUGUUUUGAAGAAUGAAUGUUCACUUUUUUAAUUUUGUUUUACUGCAUUUGAUCUUUUUCCUGGCCAAAAGGUCUGAGGUUUGUUUUUUGAAAUGCGUCCGAUGACCGUCUCUAAAAAAAAAAGUUUGCUGUUCGAAAGUGUUUGGAGAGCUUUGGGAUUCUCUUUUUAAAAAGCAGGUGUAUGCAUCAUAUCGAGCUCAUGGUGAUCAUAAUCCAACUGUUUCUGGUUCAAUCUUAUUCUUGUGCCCACUUGACACGUGAAAUUGGGGUUCCCCUACCAUGUAAUUGAAUUCAAAUUGAGCAUUCAUAUCAAAGCAAGUGUCAUAUUUUAUUUAACAUUCAUCAAUAAUUCCUUCAUCUGUUUUCUAGCCACUGAAACUGAGAAGCGUUUAUCCGCAGUGAGGUACACAGGAAUGAGUUCUUGUUCAACAGGGAGGCUGUGGCUUAGUGUGUAGUGUGCUAGACUUUGAAUCAGGGGAUAGCAAGUUCGAGUCCCACUGCAGUCAGUAGUCGUUGUGUCCCUGAGACACUUCACCCCAAAUUGCUCCUGUGGGGAUUGCCCUCAGUAUUGAGUACGUAAGUUGCUUUGGAUAAAAGUGUCUAACAAAUGACAUGUAACAUGUAAUUCAACAUGCUCCCAACGAUAACACACAGCAGCCCAUACCAUAAUAAACACUGAAUAAUAGAUAUACUACCUGAAUUAUUUGCAGUCACUUUUAUACACAGUGAAUGUUGGAUUUGCACUGAAGUGAUGAACGAGAUGGAGAUUUAAUUGCUAUCGGACUGGGCCUGGAUUUCUUUCUUCUAUCGACCCCAUCGUUCCUGUUUGUUGCACUCGACCAGGCCACGUUCUUUUAUAUUUAAUUAAAAUGUUUAUAUGCACAAGAAAAAUGCAAACGGGUGUGUCGUUCUACUUUGCUUCUUCUUUUUUGUUUGGGAUUUUGUUUGUGUGAAUCAUGAGGUCGCUGUGUCUGGUGUGGCUUUUUUCCUCUUUUUUUUUUGGUUUGACUCUAAUAAAUGUUUGCACCACA